CCCCGCCCCCAGCCCCGUCCCGGGAGCCGCGAUGGCUGACAGCGCGUCGGGGGGCGGCAGGACCGGACAGCGCGUCCUCUGCUUGUUCGACGUCGACGGGACCCUCACCCCGGCCCGCCAGAAAAUUGCCCCAGAGGUGGCAGAGUUCCUCCAGGAGCUGCGGGGAAGGGUCAAGAUCGGCGUGGUGGGCGGCUCUGACUACUCCAAGAUCGCCGAGCAGCUGGGAGAGGGGGACGAAGUCGUCGACAAGUUUGACUACGUCUUUGCCGAGAAUGGGACCGUGCAGUACAAGAACGGACGGCUCCUCUCCAAGCAGACCAUCCAGAACCACCUGGGGGAGGAGCUGCUGCAGGAACUGAUUAACUUCUGCCUCAACUACAUGGCCCUGCUGAAGCUACCCAAGAAACGGGGCACCUUCAUCGAGUUCCGCAACGGAAUGCUGAACAUCUCCCCCAUUGGCCGCAGCUGCACCCCAGAAGAGCGAAUUGAGUUCUCGGAGCUGGAUAAGAAGGAAAAGAUUCGUGAGAAGUUUGUGGCAGCCCUGAAGACGGAGUUCGCUGGGAAGGGUCUGCGUUUCUCCCGAGGCGGCAUGAUCAGCUUCGACGUCUUCCCCGAGGGCUGGGAUAAGCGCUACUGCCUGGACACCCUGGGCAAGGACAGCUUCGACGCCAUCCACUUCUUCGGGAAUGAGACCAGCCCCGGCGGAAACGACUACGAGAUCUUUGACGACCCCCGGACGGUGGGACACAGCGUGGUCUCCCCGCAGGACACGGUGCAGCGGUGCCGGGAGAUCUUCUUCCCGGAGAGAGUCCGCGAGGCCUGAAGCCCGACCCGGCUGCAGGACCCAGCCCGCCCCUGGCCUCUCCCUCCCUCUCCUCCCGCCCCUGAGCCCAGCGCACGGGGGCCAGAGUGGUUGCAUCCUCCCCCGGGGAGGGGGUCUGGAAGCCUCGCGAGCAGCGAGAAGCUGAGCUCUUCCCUGAAGAGCAGAGGCCCGACGGGGGUGGGAAGGGGAGGAUAGCAGGGACUCCAACUUCCCCUCGCCCCCUUCUCCCUCCCAAGGAUGCUAGUCUUGGCAGAAGGAGCCCCACCCAGGCACCGACCCCUUCCCUCUCUGCCCCGAUCUAGCCUGGCCCCACUGAGAGAGGCAAGGCCCAGCGGCGAGCACAGAGGGUCUAAGAGGCCAGCUGGGCCCCGACAGACUGGAGCAGAGAGGGUCUGCUCCACUCUUCCCUGCCAGAACUAAGCCUCACCCCCUCCAGCCCAGGCAGGGGUAGAAUCGGCCACGUCCCUUGGGAGCCCGGGGCAUCCGAGAGGGAUGAGGCGUCACCCUUCCAGACCCGGGGGGCCGGGGCAGAGCGGGGGGGCCGCGACUCCCACCUGGUCUGGCCGAUUCAUAGGAAUCGUAAGAGCCAUCAUACAAGAGCUCUCCCCCGCCCCUCUCCCCGACUCAUCCUAGUCACAGGUCCUUACCAGUUCACGCUCCCGUAUCCUCACUCUUUGGAAAUGGCAGGGGUGAAGAGCAGUGAAGGAAUCAUAUAUAUAUAUAUAUGUAUGUGUGUGUGUGAGUGGGUGGGUGGAUAAGAGAGUGAGCUCCAGCAGCCACGCCAGAGGGGUGGGCAGCUAGCGGGGCUUCUUCCUGAGUGACGGCCCCGUUUUAGAGAAGUUUUUAUCGUGCAUCACAGAUUGUACUAAAUAUCUUCUACAACACA